UACCGGCACUGUUCUUUGCACUCAAAGUUUUCUCAAGUAGAUUAACAUGAUAUCUCUGAUACUAUGAACGGAAAAGAGAAACAUGGUCAACGCCCUCAUUAUCUAUCAGAAAAGAAUGUAGAAAUGCCAAAAGACACGAAGAAAAACGUUCACCAAAGUUCAAAUCAAAUAUUUUUGAUGAAUACAGAUACAAUAUGUUUGGUACUGGCUGGAUUGUUUACCCACUUGGUGUUUUUUUACUCAAUAUUUGAUAUUUACUUCACAUCACCUCUGGUUCAUGGAAUGACUACACAUGUAUCCCCUCUGAAACCUGCUGCCAACCGUCUUGUUCUAUUUUCUGCAGAUGGUUUAAGAGCUGAUAAGUUUUUUGGACUAGAUAAAAAUGGACUUUCAAGAGCACCUUACCUUAGGAAUAUAAUACAGAAGCAUGGUGCCUGGGGUGUUUCUCACACUAGAGUACCUACAGAAUCCAGACCUGGCCAUGUAGCACUUAUUGCUGGCUUUUAUGAAGAUGUUAGUGCUGUUGCCAAAGGUUGGAAAGAAAACCCAGUAGAAUUUGAUUCAGUUUUUAAUCAGAGUAGAAACACUUGGUCUUGGGGCAGCCCUGAUAUCUUACCAAUGUUUGCAAAAGGAGCCAGUGGUGACCAUGUAUUUACAGAGAUGUAUACAUCAGAUGAGGAAGAUUUUGCAGCAUCCCACGCUUCUGACCUUGACACAUGGGUAUUUGAUAAAGUUAAGGCCUUCUUUGAAAGAGCUAAAUUAGACAGAGAUUUGUAUGAAAAAUUACAGAAAGAUAAAAUUGUAUUCUUUCUACAUUUGCUUGGUAUAGACACUAAUGGACACUCACACAAACCACACUCAGAGGUGUAUUUAAAGAAUAUAGAGCUUGUUGAUACAGGAAUAAAAGAAAUGGUGAAGCUGUUUGAUGAUUUUUAUAAAAGAGAUAGUAAAACUACAUAUAUAAUGUCAUCAGACCAUGGCAUGACAAAUUGGGGAUCUCAUGGAGCAGGGAAUCCACAUGAAACAUUAACUCCUGUAGUGGCAUGGGGAGCUGGUAUCAGAGAACCCCUAGAAUCCACAAAUCAAGAUACUUACCCUGAUUCAUAUUCUGAAGAAUGGAAAUUACAAGAUAUAAAGAGGACUGAUGUUAACCAGGCAGAUAUAGCCCCAUUGAUGUCAUCAGUUAUAGGAAUACCUUAUCCUAUGAACUCUGUUGGUACACUUCCAUUAAGUUUCCUCAACAGUUCAGAUUUUGAGAAAGCUGAGAGCAUAUUUGCAAAUGCACAACAAGUUUUGGAGCAAUAUCAGGUUAAAAUGGAUCAGAUGAAGUCAACAACUUUAUCAGUUGCAUUCAGGCCAUUCAGUAAACUACUGCCAAGUAUUCAGAAAGACAGAACAAGAAACAUCAGAAACUUAAUCAACAGUGGACAAUAUCAAUUAGCUAUUACUGAAUCUCAAACAUUGAUAGAGCUUGGUUUAGAAGGAUUGAAUUACUAUCAUGGAUAUGAUAGAUUCUUUUUGGGUCUAAGUAUUGUAUUUGGAUUCAUUGGUUGGAUGAUCUACACUCUGACCUUAGUAGUGAGGGAUCACUCUGGGUUGUUCAAUGCAACAACAAAGCUUGAGAAGUUGUCACAACCAGUAUGGUUACAAGAUAAACCAAUAAAACUGGUGUUUGCUAUAUUUGGGGUAGCUGUUAUUGUUCUUUUAAAAGUUCAGUCACUUCCAUUUACAUAUUAUAUGUAUUGUUUGAUACCAGUGGUUUUGUGGAUGUUUGUUGCUCUUAGAUUGACAGUUUUCAAGCAGUUAUUUAAAAAGUUAGAUCUUGCCAAGAAUAUAAAGACAACACUUUUAGCAGUUGUUCCACCUGUAUUAGGGUUAGAAAUACUGGUAAUGGGUUUCUUUAGAAGAGAAUUGCUAUCUGUUGGUUUGGUUAUGAUAGCGAUAUGGCCUUUGAUUACAGCCAAAAGUAUAUGGAAAGAUAAGAUAACAGCAGCUGGUUGGAUCAUCUCAUGCCUGUUGCUAUCUGUAUUUCCAUUAGCUCCAGUUGUUGGAAGGCAAAUAAAUUACAUUUAUGUAAAAACAAGUGGAGUAUUUGUUGUUGUAUCAGCCUUAUAUUUGAUUUCCUUGUUAAAGAAAAGCCAUGAAGGGAAGAAAGAUAGAAAAUUCAGAAAUCAGUAUAUUUUUCUAGUUAACAUUAUUCAGGUUGUAGUCAUUGGUUUAGCCACAUAUAAUGUAUGGGCAGUGUCAAGUAGUAUUGCCAGAAGUCAAGGUCUUCCAUUUGUUAGCCAGUUAAUUAGCUAUGUCAUAUUAGUGUUUUCAAUGAUUUCCCCAUUCCUUGGAGGGACGUCAGUGAUACACAGAUUGUUUACCAUAACCUUAGCAUUAUUUCCUCCAUAUUUACUGCUAAGUAUAUCAUACAGAUAUGAAGAUUUAUUUUUUAUAACUUUAACAGCAGUUUUAUAUUUCUGGAUGAAGUUAGAGAUAAAUUUGAACGAUAAAAAAGUCUGUUUAGAAGAUUGUGAUUUUGUUGUAUCAAGUAAUAAUCAGCAACACAGAAGUAUAAACACUGAAGAUAUACGAAGAGCAUUCUAUUAUAUAUUUUUUAUACUAGUAGCAUUUUUUGGAACAGGAAACAUAGCAAGUAUAAACAGUUUUGAACCAGCCUCAGUGUAUUGUUUUGUUACAAAGUUUGAUCCAUUUGUGAUGGGUUCUCUCAUGAUGUUAAAGAAUGUACUACCAUUUGUUUUGGUUAGUUGUGUUUUCCAUGCCAUACAUGUAUUAACAGCCAUUCCAACCAAAGCUUUGUUCCUGAUAGUCCUCAUUAUGUCAGAUUUCAUGGCAUUAAAUUUUUUUUUCUUGGUUAGAGACUAUGGUAGUUGGUUAGAGAUUGGAACAAGUAUCAGCCAUUAUGUGAUAGUGAUGUGUAUGAUUAUAUUUCUCAUGGUACUUUUUGUAUUAUCUCAUGCUUUGACAACUGUCUCAGUUCUCCCUAGGAUAAAACAAAGUAGAGAGUGAGUUAUAUGUCAGCAUUGUUUUAGAUAAUCCUGCAUGUCUGUGGAGAAAGAAAAAAACAGUAUUAUCUAUUCUAGUCUUAGUAUACUUGUUUGUUUGACUAAUGUCUUCCUUCCAUGACAUUCUGAUUGUUUUUGUUAAAUGAUUUUUAAAGUUUUUAUGAAAUCAGAGACAAUCAGAAGAGACUGUAAUUUUUUGAUAUGAUAAUUAUUGAAUUAGUAUUAUUUGUCAUUAUUUUGUAUGUAACCUUUAAUAUUCCUAACUUUUAAAAAAUUUAUUUGAAUUAUGAUUCUCAUAUACUAUUCAUUAUCCAUAAUUCUCAAAUUUAAAUAAUGCAUUAUCCAUACCAUAAGAAAUGAUUAUACUUUUAUUUUAGGUUAGAUCAUUUUUCACUCAUUGCCACACCUUGAAAUUACUCACAUCAUUUUUUCAUUGAACGACCAAGAUAUAAGGAUAAGGUACUGGUAUUGUGUGAAGUGGGUCUCAUUGGGGUCUAAGGGUGACAUGGGAUUGCUGAUUUUUUGUAAGCGGGAAAUGUGAAAUUCAAAUUAUUGUGUCAUGAAAAUGAGAAAUGAGGUCUUGUGGGACCCGGGAAAUGACAAAAAAAUAAGAAUUGCUUACGUACAUAGUGUAAGCGGGAUACAGGAAUCUGACAAAACAGUAAGCGGGAUCGGGGAUCGGAACCCCCCAAUGAGACCCCCUUUGAACUGAUGCUGGAAAUCUAAUAAAAAGGAAUUUCUUUUUAAGAUUGCAGCAACAGACAACAAAAGCUCAAAAGUUGUACAAAUAUCACAAUUUUAUGGAAAUUAUAUUGCAAUCUCUUUUUACAUUUAUUUUUAUAGAGUAGGAUGUCAAUAUGUUAUGUGGUCUCAAACGCCAGCUCAGAAUGGAGAUCAACAUGUUUACAUUGCUUCCAAUUAUUAUUUAGAAAAUGUUCAAUGUUGGCAAUGAAUAUAUGAAAUGAUAAAUUCAUAUCAGUAUGCAUAAUAUCACAACAGUAUUUGAU